AUGUAUAAACUAAAGGCUAUUUUAUUGUUUGAUUUAAGCAGGAAGGCAAACAUAGAGAAUCCAACAGAUCAAGAUAUACAGAAGGCCAAGCUUUUAUAUUAUUACCCUGAUGAGAGGAAUAUGGAUGACAAAUUAUCGCAUCUUGGUUUAAUAGAAGGUCUAAUUGUACUCUCCAAAACAUUUUCAGAUGAGAACAUUGAGUAUAUUUGCUCUAGACUAUAUACAACAGCGGUGUUUGAAUGGAAAAAAAACAUUUUUCUAUCUGCGUUUUUUUCGAAUGAUGUACCUUCAAAAAGUGAAGAAGAUGAAUAUAGCUACUACUGGCGGAACAAUCUCCUGAAAACACUUUUAGGGAAUGGUACUAAAAUAUUUGAAUUGUUACACGGAGAUUUGAACAAAUAUAUCCCUCAAGGGGACAGGUAUGCCCUUGUUACCUCAUCUAUAGUAUUUAGUGAUGAUACUUUGGGUUUAAAAACGAUUUUAGAUGAAUUUUUUCCAACCUUUAUGGCUAAUUCGACGAACAACACUUUGCAUAUUCUUAAGGAUCUUGAUGGAUAUAAAAAAUGUCAUUCAAAUAUUUCAGUAACUCUUGAUGCACAGAUGCUAAUAGACGAGAUAUUCCGUGAAUUUCCAAUGGUUUAUAAGUCAUUAUUGAUAUAUGAUGAUCAAGUACUACACACCACAAUGGAAUUGGAUGUUAUGCUUGUAGUUUAUUCUUAUCUUAUUAAUCACAGGGGUUCACUUUCUAAAAGCAAAUCAUUUUCUGUCAAAUGGCCAAAAGACAGUGAUCUUAUUAUUGUAGAUGCGCAAGAUGAUCAAUUAUUUAAUCCUAGGGUCUACAUAGAUGGGAAUCCAUAUAUCAUGUCGAUAUUAUUCGUUAAAAAAUCAAUAUUAAUACUAUUAUUGGAUACAAAUGAUCCACUAUUGGUACUAGAAUUCCAAAUAUUACAUCUUCUAUAA